UGCUCGCACUUGAAAACCACUCUCGCAAACCAUCUCGUCGAUCUCACCUCGACGGCUUGACGUCAUCGUCCAAACGAGUAUAGAAACAGGAAGCAGCCAAGGCAAAACAGAAGUAAUGGGCAACUGGUUCACCAAGACGUACGAGUACGAAAUACCCAUCACGACGGAGCCAGUGCAGCGGCCGCCCUUCCCCUCGGGGAAGGGGUCGCUGUCCCGGCGGGCGCCCGCCGGCGACGUUGGCCCCGUGCUGCAGCAGCCCAUGGUAGACGUGCGGUCGCUGUUCCACCUGGAGCGGGAGCUGGGGAGAGGGCAGUCCGGGACGACGUACCUGUGCACGGAGCGCGCCACGGGGCUCAAGUACGCGUGCAAGUCCGUGUCCAAGCGCAAGCUGGUGCGCCGCCACGACGUGGAUGACAUACGCCGGGAGAUCACAAUCCUGAAGCACCUCAGCGGGCAGCCCAAUAUCGCGGAGUUCAAGGCCGCGUUCGAGGACGCCGACAGCGUGCACCUCGUCAUGGAGUUCUGCUCCGGCGGGGAGCUGUUCGACCGCAUCAUGGCCAAGGGGAGCUACUCGGAGCGCCAGGCCGCGGCAGUGUUCCGUGACAUCAUUACCAUCGUGCACGUCUGCCACUUCAUGGACGUCAUGCACCGGGACGUCACGCCGGAGAACUUCCUGUUCACCAGCGCCGCAGAGGACGCGCCGCUCAAGGCCAUCGACUUCGGCCUCUCCGUCUUCAUCGAAGAAGGUAAAGUUUACAAGGACAUUUUGGGAACAAACUAUGUGGCGCCAGAGGUAUUGCAUCGGAAUUAUGGGAAAGAAAUUGAUGUCUGGAGCGCUGGAGUGAUCUUGUACAUUCUUCUAUGCGGGUCACCCCCCUUCUGGGCAGAAACAGAGAAAGGCGCAUUUGAUGCUAGACUGGUCGGUGAACUUGAUUUAAGCAGCGCCCCAUGGCCCUCCAUAUCUGAAAGUGCAAAGGAUCUUAUCAGAAAAAUGAUGAACACAGAUCCCCAGAAGCGUAUUACUGCAGUUCAGGCCCUAGAACAUCCAUGGCUCAAAGAAGGUGGCGCAGCUAACAGACCUAUUGAUAGCGCACUCCUGUCAAGAAUGAAGCGAUUCAAGGCGAUGAACAAGCUAAAGCAACAAGCACUCAAGGUGAUCGCGGAAAACCUAUCACCGGAGGAAAUCAAGGGAUUGACGCAGAUGUUCAAUAACUUGGAUACUGACAAGAGUGGAACAAUUAUAUUUGAAGAACUGAAGGAAGGAUUGACAAAACUAGGGUCGAAGAUUAGUGAAGCAGAGGUUCAAGAGCUUAUGGAAGCAGUUGAUGUAGACAAGAGUGGCAGCAUUGAUUACACAGAGUUCCUUACUGCCAUGAUGAAUAAACAUAAUCUGGAAAAGGAGGAGGAUUUGCUACGCGCAUUUCAACACUUUGACAAAGAUAAUAGCGGGUACAUAACAAGAGACGAAUUGGAAAGAAUGGGUGAUGAAGCCAGCAUUAACCAAGUACUGGAUGAAGUUGAUAAAGAUAAGGAUGGAAGAAUCGACUACGAGGAAUUUGUGGACAUGAUGAGGAAAGGAAACUAGACCUGAGGCAAACUCUGAUCUCUUGAUGAAUGUGGUUGUAUAUAUAUUUCAGUGGAUACUGCGAGUAUAGGAGAAACACUGCAACUUUACCUCAGAACAAGU